AAGUGAUUAAAGUUUACCAAAAUGUGCUUCUGACUGUAAAAUACUUAGAAGGUAUAAAUAGUCGCAGCACUACCGGGUAAGGCCUACAGUAACCCAUCGAAAAUGAAACUGUUGGGGCUUUUGGUUUGUUUGGUUGCUGCCGUGGCAGCUGCUCCUCGAAAGGACUACAUUGAGCUGGCCCGUGGAGGACGCGUGGUCGGUGGAAUCAACGCUCUGCCAAAUGAGUUCCCAAGCAUUGUUUCGAUUCAACGUUUGAUCCUGACCUUGUCGGCUCACAUCUGUGGUGGAACCAUCAUCAACGGCCGCUUUGUCCUCACUGCUGCUCACUGCAUCACUGAAUCCCCUGAAAAUGCCCGUUUCGCCGUCUGGGCCGGAUCACACGACAUCACCGCAUCGGAAAGUAGCCGUCAGGUGAUCAACGUUGAAACUUCAAUUGUACACCCUGAAUACCUCGGAGGAGUAAACCCAUCUGACGUGGCUGUUAUGCGUCUGUCAAGUUACUUCAACUUCAACGACUUCGUUCAGCCAGCCAAUUUGCAGCCGGCCGGUUCUCAUGCCCAGCCUGGUCCAGCUACUCUUGCCGGAUGGGGAAGCACAUCCACUACCAACAAUCCAUCGAUGCCUGCUAUUCUGCAAAAGGUCGUGAAGCCAAUCAUUGAUUACGAUACCUGCCUCACGGCCAACGGCGGACCAGGAAACAGUCCACUUGGACCAAGCAACGUGUGCACUGGACCUUUGACCGGCGGUAUCUCUGCCUGCUCUGGAGAUUCCGGCGGCCCAUUGUUCACCAUUGCAAACGGUGUGCAGACUCAGGUCGGAGUUGUGUCAUGGGGAUGGAUGCCGUGUGGAUCCGUUGGACGCCCCUCGGUCUAUGUUGGUAUUUCUCACUACCGCGAAUGGAUCGACUCCAACUCAGCGUAAAUAUAAAUCUUGAGUAAUAAAAUUGUGUUAUAGAUUAAAGGA